GCUUUUAUUUGGUAGAGGGGAAAAUAAGCGCCAGCCCGCGGGGAUAACACACUGGCAGACAUAUCUCGUUUCUGCGAGCUCCGGGUUGGCUGGGCACACUGUCAUAUCCACAUACAUGUGCCUGUCAGAGAAAAUGGGGGCGGGCGCAACGCAGUGACGUGGAGGUCUGGAUAGAGGCGCAGUUGGAUGAGCAGUGCGCAGGCAGGCAACAGCUGAAAUGAACAGAGAGCGGUGUGGUGCGCGUCUGCCUCUGGAUCUAAUAUCGCGUACCUGUCCUUGUCACUCUGAUAGUCCGCCGAGUUCACCGCUCUUCACCACCGGUGCUAUGGCAACGCUUGAUGGCCUGUUCUAAAGCUUUUACCAGCUCAAAUACAAAGAGGGUUUCUUCACAAAUCGCAAGAGGAACCGCGCUCCCGCUGCUGCUGCUGCUGCUGUGCGUUUUUUGGAGAGCUGAACACAUUCCGCACUCGGACUUUCCGCUUAAAGGGAACUUGAUCUGCGUUUGGCAGCCAGUUGUGCGAUCUUUUUACUCAUGAACUCUAUGAGGGAUCCAUUAAACACAGACCAUCCCCACCACCUCACAGGGAAUAAUAAACUUGCCUCCACGCACUACACGGCUCUGGCGAUGGCCUCCAGCUUACAGCCGCUGCAGCGGUCUGUGGACUCUAAACACCGGGUAGACGUGCACACCGUGUCGGACACGUCCAGUCCGGAGUCCGUCGAGAAAGAAAAGACCCAGAAUAAAAACGACGACUCCUCGGAUGACCCGUCUAAAAAGAAGCGGCAGCGGCGACAGAGGACUCACUUCACCAGCCAACAGCUGCAGGAACUGGAGGCCACUUUCCAGCGGAAUCGUUAUCCGGACAUGAGCACGAGGGAGGAGAUAGCCGUGUGGACCAACCUCACAGAGGCCCGGGUCAGGGUUUGGUUCAAGAACCGGCGAGCCAAGUGGAGGAAACGGGAAAGAAACCAACAAGCCGAGCUCUGCAAAAACGGUUUCGGGCCGCAGUUCAACGGACUCAUGCAGCCCUACGAAGACAUGUACCCGAGCUACACGUACAACAACUGGGCCGCCAAGGGCCUCACGUCGGCCUCACUAUCCACCAAAAGCUUCCCCUUCUUCAACUCCAUGAACGUCAACCCCUUGUCCUCGCAGACCAUGUUCUCGCCGCCGAACUCCAUAUCCUCCAUGACUUCCAGCAUGGUGCCGUCGGCGGUCACGGGCGUGCCGGGCUCCAGCCUCAACAGCCUCAACAACUUGAACAACCUCAGUAACCCGUCUCUCAACUCCGGGGUGCCCACGCCGGCGUGUCCCUACGCGCCGCCGACCCCGCCAUACGUGUACAGGGACACUUGUAACUCCAGCCUGGCCAGCCUGAGACUGAAAGCCAAGCAGCACUCGAGCUUUGGAUACGCCAGUGUGCAGAACCCGGGGUCUAAUCUGAGCGCCUGCCAGUACGCCGUGGACAGACCAGUCUAAUACCUGCCUGCACUGCAAAAAAUCAUCACUCUAACAAGCCAUCGAGGCUGUUUAGUGACAAGUAAAGGUGUUAUUGUCUCGCUAAAAGGAGAAAGGAAAUCUGUUUUUUUUUUUUUUUUACUUUUAAGGACAUUUCUCCAUCAACUGACAUCUUCUUUGUACUAGUUUGCGUCAUUCUGGCUUUUAUGUUUCCACAUUUGACUUGAAAAAUGCCAAACAUCUGUUGCUAUAGAUUAAACUUUAAUUUUUUUGGGGAAUUAUGAUUUUAGGGUUGGUUACCAAAACAAAAAAAAAUGGUUUGUUAUGCUGGUCAUUUUUUGCAGUGUGUGGGUAAUCACAAACAGCCCGGCCACAGGAACAAGAGACUACUACAACUUUUUUUUCCUUUUUCAUUUUUCACUCAAAAAGGGCACGAGAGACUGAACCACUGAAUCAAGCUCAGCUCCAGGUCGGAGUCAAAAAACUCAAAUGGGAGUUGUUUUUUUAUUUAGGUUUAUUCCCCUUUGAUGGAUCCAGCUGUUUCACACACACACACACACACACACACGCACACACGUGUUUUUAUUUCUCUGGUGGAUAUUUGGACGUUGAUUGUUGACUGAAAAAAAGGUUGUAUAUAUAUUUGAAUGAUCAUCUCCUGUUUUGUCGAGGCGAAUGCGCUCUAACCCUCCACACACUCCCCCUCUCUCGCUCCAUGAGGCUCAAUUUAUCAACGCAUGUGGACAAAAAAAGAAGAAAACCCCCUGAAAAAGGAAUCAUGUUUUGCUUGCAAACAAAAAGGGAAUGUACAUACUAAAACGCACCAGUUGUGUGUUUCUAACAUAUUAUAAAUUUAUUAUUAAUGUCUGUGUGAAUAUCGAUUUAGAAUAGCAAUUCUGGAAUUUAAAAAAACGACAAAAAAAGAAGCAUCGAAAAAAUUGUUCCUGCGACAAAUGAUUUGGUUUUUUUGCUCUGUGUAUACUAUUUGGUACGAAAUUAUGUUUUUUUUUGUUUGUUUGUUUUUUUUCCAACAUCCAAAAAAACUAUUGUGUUUUAUUUAAUGGAAGUAAAUAUAUUGUUCAAAAACA